AUGCCUACCCUCGGAGCCGGCCUUGCGAACUGGAACAAGAUCGACGACUCAAGAUGGGAGCAUGGCAGAGUGAAGGUCGCAGACCUUCCACGAGACUCUCCAUCGCACGAAGGUGGUGUCGUUAUCCACUACACAUCCUGCCCACCGCCUAAAGGCACAACAUCGAAAGGCACCGUGCUCCUGGUCCAUGGCUUUCCGCAGACCAGCUACCAGUUUCGACGAGUCAUCACACCAAUCGCGAAUGCUGGCCAUACAGUCAUUGCCCCAGACUACAGAGGAGCAGGAGCAAGCAGUAAGCCUUGGAAUGGCUAUACGAAAGAGGUCAUGGCACAGGAUCUACACACACUGGUGCACAAGAUUGGCGUCAAAGAGAAGAUACAUCUCGUAGGACAUGAUAUUGGCGGCAUGAUCGCUCACUCCUACACCCAACAAUUCCCCUGCUCCGUCGCCAGCCUCUGCUGGGGCGAAUGCCCUCUGCCAGGAACUCCCUUCUACCACACCAUGAAGAAUUCCCUCCUGCUCUGGCACUUCACCUUCCACAGAGUCCCAGACCUCCCCGAAACCCUCAUCGCUGGCCGCGAGAAACUCUACCUCAAGCACUUCUACGAUCGUCAAGCUCAAAACCCUGACGCAAUAUCGGCUCACGAUCUCGAUGUGUACGGCAACGCGUUCGCUGCUCCAGGAGCAUUGCGAGCGGGGUUGAACGUCUACCGCGCGUUUGAGCAGGAUGGCGAGGACAAUGUGGCGAGGGUACAGAGCAGUGGGAAGAGCAAGGUGCGGUGUCUGAGUCUUUGGGGCGAUAGCAGUUUCGCGGACGAAGAGGCGGCGAAGGAAAUGAGUGGGCAGUUCUAUGAGGAUGUUCAAUUUGAGCAGAUCGAGGGUUGUGGGCACUGGAUCGCGGAGGAGAAGCCUGGGGAGUUCGUGGAGAAUUUGGUGAGAUGGUUCGAGAGGAUUUAG